GUUUAAAAUUAUGCGAGACGUGACAAUACGACUGAUCCUGUGCAUAAGAACACUCUCUAGUACGAACAAGGUGAAAAAUGUGUAAUGCGGAGGGCGGUACAGAACCCAAUCUGUCAUACUGUUCUACUAUGCCUGCACAGCGCUGCUACUUGCGUUAAUCUGCUGCGCGUUCCUGAUUCUCAACUCUCAAGGUAGUAAGAUCCUGAAGAUUUAAGUAUCCACAAAGCUCAUGGCGUUCACAUCUUGACAUGCUGGACUCGUCACUGCCGUGCAGAAAGUGUCACUAUAAUGAUAGCAAUUGGAAGCUCUACGGAAAUGACCUUGAAAGUCCUACUAUAUUAUUUACACCCUUUUCUUCUUCUUCUUUCAUAUUUCGUUCCUUUCACGCGACAUUUCGAUGCCCCAAAAGAAUAUCAGACAAGAUGCACGGCUGUUUGCCUUAUGUUCCUCAUGGCUUUCAGCUACGUUACGGAAGUCAUAAUUAUGCUAUACCGUUCUGCAACGCAGAAGGGAUGGUGGCCAUCGAAGCACGUCGUUUUGCAUCCGAUCGCGUCAUUCCUGGUAUGGACCACUCUGGAACUGAAUUCUCUGGGCACGUCCGAACUCUUAUGGCCCAGGUAUUAUCGACCCUGGAUCCUCAGCUGUCUCUUUGAAGGCAUCUUUUCCAUUCUAGCGGCUGUUUCAUUCUCCCAUGCACAAGAAAGUCGCUACAACAUCACCCUGUUGGCCAUUCAAAUUUUCAGGGUCCUCUGCAGCAUUAUGUUGGGACUCCAAACGAGCUUCCAAACUGUUGAGCAACCAGUUCAGAAUAAUGAGGAAAGUCGUCGGCUUCUGGAAAACGACCCAACCGCACAAGCCGGAUAUGGGAUAACAACAUCAACAACUACCGCAACUGAGAGAGAAAAUGGCCAUACAAUAGCCAGAAAGUACCAACGCAAGCGCUUAGAAGAGCAAGGCUGGCUUGCAUACAUCAAAGAAUUCCGCGUCUUUCUACCGUGUCUCUUACCAACCGGAGACGUACGAGGAAGACUCUGCAUGGCCUUUUUGAUUCUCGACCUUGUCAUCAAUAGAUUCCUCAGAGUCUUGACACCUAGACAGUUUGGUGUCGUUAUGGACAAGCUCAUCGCUCACAAAUUCGAUAGUGCUUGCUACGAAGUCGCGAUUUGGGUGCUCUUUUCCUGGCUCAAGAACAAUUCUGGACCCCUAGGAGUGAUUAAGAACAAGGCUCUCAUGGAAGUUCAGAACUUUUCAUACCGAGAAGUCUGCCAGCUUGCCUUUACGCAUGUUAUGGCACUGUCCAUGGAUUUCCACUGCGACAAAGACUCUGCAGAGGUUAUCAAAGCUGUUGAACAAGGCAAUUCCAUCGGCGAUCUCGCAAAACUGUUGUUUCUUGAUAUACCUCCCGUUUUCGUUGACCUUGUCGUAGCUGUUUGCUACAUCACAUCUUUGUUUGAUGUAUACGUAGCCUUCGCAACCCUUGUUGUUGGCAUUUUAUACGUUUGUAUUACAAUUAAGCUUACCAACUUGACACAACCACGGCGACGAAUCUACAAAGAGACAUGUCGGGCUGAGAGCAACGUUGUUAACGAGUCUUUAAGAAACUGGCAGACAGUCUCAUACUUCAAUCGCUUUGCACAUGAGAAACAACGUUACAUGAGGGCCGUUCAAGACUCAGUGGAUGCCAAACGAGCGUACCGAGACUGCAUGAACUCAGGCAAUGCAGUUGAAACACUGAUCAUGCUUCUGGGUUUGUUCAGCGCGUCACUUCUUGCCAUUCGAAAGAUCUCGUCUGGAGAGGCUUCCGCUGGGAGCUUUGUAACCCUUGGUACCUUCUGGGCUACGAUGACCUACCCACUUGAGAUAAUAGCAUGGUCUCAUGCUAACAUUACAUCGAUAUUCAUUGAUGCAGAACGCCUCUUGCAGUUACUCCGUACUCAACCAUCAAUUUCGAAUCUCCCUGGUUCAGAUGACCUCAUUGCGCAUUUUGGGAAGGUUGAGUUCUGCAACGUCGAGUUUUCCUACAGUUCAUCAGGGAAGAAGAUUCUCAACAGUAUCAGCUUUGAGGCGAUACCAGGCAAAAUGGUUGCCUUUGUUGGUGAGACAGGAGCCGGAAAGUCGACAAUCCUCAAAUUACUCUGCCGUUUCUAUGAUCCAACUGGAGGAUCUAUCUUGAUUGACAAUCAAGACUUACGCAAUGUUACUCUCGACAGCCUACGGGAUGCUCUGGGUGUUGUUCCUCAGGAUCCUUGUCUAUUCAAUCAGUCAAUCUUGGAGAAUAUUCGAUACUCAAGACCAGAUGCAACUGACGAGCAAAUUUUUGAAGCGUGCAGACGAGCCGCGAUACAUGACAAUAUCAUGACAUUCCCUGACGGCUACAACACUAAAGUCGGUGAAAGAGGCGUGAAACUCUCAGGUGGGGAACUUCAGCGGUUAGCAAUCGCACGAGUGCUAGUGAAGGACCCGAAGAUCGUCAUCCUCGACGAGGCUACAAGUGCCAUGGACUCUUCGACCGAGGCACGGAUCCAGAAAGCUUUUGACAUCCUUAGACCCGGACGAACGAUGUUUGUUGUAGCUCAUCGACUGUCCACUAUUACUAACGCAGAUGUGAUUCUCUUCCUUAAGGACGGAAAAAUUGUUGAGCGAGGUACGCAUGACGAAUUGAUCAAAAACAAAGGAGAGUACUUCAAAUUAUGGAAAAUCCAGGACCGACGAAAAUGGGACAAGUUUGCCGAACGCUACCCUGAGACCGUGAACGAAGCUAUAGGCUUCCCAGAGUACGUAACCUCUCAGACUUUUGACUGAGUUUCUGCAUUUCUGCUUCCAAGU